UGCGGUAUCAACAUUUGGAAGGACCUUGUGUCGUGAAGUGGUUCAUAGCUAAUAGUUUUUGUUAAUUAUGACUGAUUUUGCAAAGCAUUUUCAGCGUGUUAAUGUGAACGAGGAGUUAGAGAGAUUAGGCAAAGCCUGCAGGCUUUGUCUAUCAGAUUGCACUGUGAUAUCGAUUUCACUCUUCGACAAAGGAAUCUCACCAAAUAAAUAUUCCGAUAUAGUGACAAUGUUAGUCGGUCUCCAAAUAAAGGAGGACGACACUUUACCAAAACAGAUUUGUAGUGAAUGCGCUUCAAAUCUCAUUCUUCUUUAUCGAUUUAAACAAAAAUGUGCUGCUUCCCAGUGCACAUUAAGUGCUCUAUUGGUAAAUCCUUCGCAGGAUGUUCCCCAUCAAAUAGUAAGUAAAGAUCAGCGUUCUAAGAGUGAGCAGUUAAAUCCUCCAAGGGCCAUUACCUUAGACCAAGGUUCCUCAUUAUUCGAUGAAUUAUUACCAAUAUCCGCCCGGUCGAACUCGCCAUCAAAGGCCGUCUACCAAUGUAGCGAAUGUUGCAGUGUUUUUGCCCAUAAAGCUUCCUUGGCCCAGCAUUGCAAAGUUCACGAGCAUGGCAAGAAGUUCACCUGUUCUCUCUGUGAUCAGCGUUUUACUCGCAGAAGUCAUGUUAAAAUACACAUGCGUCGUCACACAAACGAUAAACCCUUCGUCUGCAAAGUUUGUCUAGCCGGAUUCAGGAAAUCAAGUGACCUAUUGCGCCACGGAAAAGUGCAUUCCGAGCAAAGGAACUACGUUUGUGAAGUCUGUGGGGCAUCAUUCAAACGAUCCACAGACGUGAGCAGUCACAUGAACAGUCACACCGGUCGCAAGCCCUACAAGUGUAAAAAAUGUCCCAAGGAAUACAGCGCCCACUCGAGCAUGAUGAAACACUGCCGGAAGUUUAAUCAUCUAUAAUUUGGGGGAGUGUCUGAAGCCUGUGA